AGAGAAAGGCCUGGUUUUCGUCACUCUUAACCCGCAUAAGGACAAGUCGAGGUGUGGAUUAGGAGGCCUCUCCCAUUCCUUCGUGUUUGAUGAUGUCGAGAACGAGGUCACGACAGACCAGAGUUUGAGGCUACAGACCCCUAUAGCGAAUGCCUCAUCCUGGACGAGAUCAGCGAAGACUAUUGGUGGGCCAAAGGAACACUUGAAGGAGGCAGCAUGCUUGCGCUGACCUUCACCCCCCCUGAGUGCGGCUGCCUGACGCUGAGUGUGUUUUUCGCGAUCCCUGUCAACAACACAACUGUCGUAGCUGGUCCUUACACCUUCCCGAUGGAUAUGAAGACUCUGUUUUGUGUAGAUUCGGGAGCUCAGCCACUGCCAGAAGAACCAGAAGAGGAGGAGGAGGAACCUCUUGUAGAAGACCAGGUCGCUGUCAUCGAGGAGGAAGAGGUGGGCGCUGAGGACGAGAUGGAGGUUGACGGCGUAACUCUGAAACCGGGUCAGCUGAAGAGGAAGGCCCAGCGUCAGAAGGCCAGGCAAGCGGCGAGGAAAGCAGGAAGGAAGGCCGCGCGAAGGAAGAUGAAGGGGAAGAAGCAGGCAGGAAGGGCUUUGAGGAAGCAGAGAGUGCAGCAGAUCAGAGAGCAGAUUCGCCAGGCGGGAAUGAGAGUAACACGGUGGAGAAUUCGACAGCGCCUUCGUCAGGCAAGUCUUGAAGAAAAUUCCGGAGACCAGGCAACCGAACAACCGGUUACGAAGCGGCCGAGGUGGGCGAGGAAGCAAGCCAGGAAGGCGCGGAAGCAAGCACGAAAGGUCAAGAAGCCCUGGAGGAGGCUGAGGAAGGAGGCGAGGAAGAACAGGAGGGUGCAGGCGGAGCAGCGCCUGGCGAGGGACGGGAAUGGUACAAUGGCCAUGGACUUCAAUGACACGGAAAGUUCAACAGAAUCUCAGGUCAGCGACAGUGCAUGCCCUAUGAACUUUCAGCAGGAUGAAAAUGAUGAGGUAAACAUUUUGUUGACCAUGAUCGAGGCAGAAUCCAUGAAUGUGUCGAAGAUUCAUGGUGAGUCAGAGAAUGAGAGUGAGUCACAGAUUCAAGGGGAUGAAGGAGUAGCUAUCGAGAAGGAAAGAGGAGGUGGCGAAGAGGAGGAAAACCGAGAGGGAGAUUCAGGAAUUCCUCUUCAGGGCAGACGCCAUGGGAGAAAAGACAGAAAACGGAAGCAGCAGAAACGCUUUAAAGGGAGGACUAAAAAGCCGCCAACUAAAGGAAUGAAAUUUUGCUGCAAGUUCGGCAUCGCAAGGAAGAAGAUGAUCCUGAACAUCACAGCAGCAGAAAACCCCUUGCCAUGCAGCAACCCAGAGGACGUAGUGGCAACUUUUGCCGAGUACAAGUUUGACAUUACUGAAGAAAGUUGCCAGAGCCGAUUCACCGCGUGUUGCAACACCUUCACUCGUGCAAUAUGGGAGACGAACCAGGAGAAGAAGGCAGCGCGCAAGCAACGCCGAAAGCAGAACCGGAAAGCGCGCAGACAGAAGACCCGAAGGCAGAGACCGGAAGGGACCGAAAGUGCCUGAGAAGAGAGACCGAAAGAGAUAAAAAGACACCCCCCCAAAAAAAAAAAAAAAAAAAAAA